AUGGCGGGGAUGGUUAGAAGGCUAAUGGAGGAGUGGCAGACAGUCCAUGGCAAGGUGAGCAAAAGCCCUCGAGUGGUUCGACCUCAGAGAUGGAGCACUCUAGAUGAAGGAUGGGUCAAAGUUAAUGUUGAUGGGGCAAGAAGUAAUGGAGGGGAUAAAGUGGUUGUGGGGGUGGUAUUCAGGAACAAUGUAAGAGCGUUCAUCGGAGGUGCAUGUUACUACUAUCCGACGGGAGAUGAUCCAGAAAAGAUGGAGCUUCAGGCAUGCAAAAGGGCGGUGGAACUGGCGGAGAAGUUCAACAUUCCUAGCUUGCACAUCGAGAUGGAUUGCAAGGAGGUGGUACGUAAACUCCAGAGCGAGGAAGCCGACCUCUCGGUGCUGGGACCGAUGAUCAAAGAGGUGAAAAACAUGCUGGCGACACGAGAAAGAUGGAAGGUGACUUGGGCAAGGAGGAUGGUGAAUGGCGCUGCACACGGGCUAGCUAAGGAGGGGGUACCAAAUAAUCUUAGCAAAGUUUGGGUGCAUGUACCACCAGACUGUAUUCUUCAUACUAUUUCGGCAGAAAUUCCUGACUUUCAUGAAUAA